AUGCGCAAUCUCCUCAUCCAGAUGCACGCGCGGUGUGGUAAUCUCGGCGUGGCUCGGCAGAUCUUCACCGACACGGCCGCCAAGGACCGAUUCUCCUGGAAUUUCAUCAUCGCAGCCUAUGCCAAUGCCGGGCAUCUCCAGGAAGCGCAGGAUUUGCUCGAUUCCAUGCCGCAUUGGGAUAUGAUCGCGAGCACGAUCAUGCUCGCUGCGUAUGCCAAGCGUGGCCGUCUCGGUCGAGCGAGAAAGGCUUUCGAUGCGAUGCCGGUGCACGACCAGAUCACAUGGAAUGUGAUGGUCUCGGCGUAUUCCCAGGCCGGGGAGAUUCAAGAAUCCAGGGAUUUCUUCCGGAGGAUGCCGUCGCGGACGCUCGUCUCGUGGACGAGCAUGCUGUGCGCGUGCUCGCAGGUCGGGGAGCUCCAAGAAUCGAUGGCUCUCUUCCAGGGCAUGCCGAUGAGAGACCUCAUCGCGUGGAAUGCGAUGCUAGCCGCGUUCUCGGCCGCUGGAAAUCUCCAAGAAUCAAAGAUGAUCUUCGACGCCAUGCCGGAGUGGGAUCUGGCGUCCUGGACGGCGCUCCUCUCGGCCCUCUCCCAGGGAAAUCACCGCCUCGACGAAGCGGAAGCUAUCUUCUCCUCGAUGCCGCUCCACGACUCCAUCGCCCGGGCCGCCAUGAUCGACGCCUACGCGCUGAGCGACCGCCUGGAUCUCGCGCAGGGAUUCUUCGAGCGAAUGCCGGAGAAAGAUCUCGUCUCCUCCGCUGCUCUCCUCGCCGCCUACGCGCUCCACUCCAGAUUCCAAGACUCGAUCGCGAUCUUCGAGAGCAUGCCGGAGUGCGAUCUCGUCACUUGGGCCACUACGAUCACGUCGUUUGGUAGAAUCGGCGACGUAUCAUCCGCCAAGAAGCUCUUCGAUCGCAUGCCAGAGAGAGACCAGGUAUCGUGGAACACAAUGCUUAGCGCAUAUGCCCAUAAUGGGCAUUUGGAGCUCGCCAAUUGCUUGUUCCAGGGAAUGCCCCAGCACGACCGGAUCACUCUAACGGAGGUACUCUACGCGUACGGAAGUGGUGGCCACGUCGACGAAGCCAUGCGCUUGUUCUCCUUGAUGCCGUACGUGGACACAGUGGCCUGGAACAUCAUUCUCAUAGCGCAUGCCCACCACGGGCAUCCUUCGCGCGUGGAGGAGCUCUUCUAUCAGAUGCCCGAGUGGAAUAGCUUCUCGUGGAACGUCAUGCUCUCUACGUACGCUCACAAAGGAUGUUUCGAGCGAGCGUUGGGGGUCUUCGAGACGAUGCCGGAGAAGAAUCUGGUGUCUUGGAACUGCAUGUUUUCGGGAUUUGCGAGCAGCGGGCAUUUUGAUGAAGCGCUGGAGGUUCUAGGGGCGAUGUUACUGGAAGCUGUGGAGCCGGACGAGAUCACGUUUACGAGCGUGGUUCUUGGGUGCAGUCACGUAGGUGAUGCGGAGGUGGCGAGGGAUUUUUUCCGGGGCAUGAAGCUGGAUCACGGGCUGGAUCCCACGAAGCAGCAGUACGGUUGCAUGGUCAACUUGCUUGGCCGUGCGGGGUACGUUGGCUAUGCGGAAGAUCUCGUCAGAAACAUGCCUUAUGUUCCUGAUGGACGAGAGUGGGCUUGCUUGCUUGGGUCGGUGCAAACAAGUGAGAAGAAAGGUUUGAAAGGCGGAGCUGCGAGGAAGGCACUGGAUUUGGAGCCUAGAAGCGGUGCAUCGUAUGUUCUUUUGGCGAACAACUGCUUCCAAGUCGACUAG